CCGCACGAAAAGACGUUGAUCCAGUUUGAUACCUCCAUUGUAACUUGCCCAGUAAUCCACACUCUAGAUUUCAAUCACCACAAAUACCGCAAAUAUGGGAAUCAAAGCCGUUGUUGCCGGUGCUGCUGGAGGAAUUGGACAGCCAUUGUCGCUUCUCCUCAAGGCAUCGCCUCUCAUCACCGAGCUGUCUUUGUACGAUGUUGUCAAUACCCCAGGUGUUGCUGCCGAUCUCUCCCACAUCUCCUCGCCUGCCAAAGUCACUGGCUACCUACCGAAGGAUGACGGAGCGAAGCUUGCUAUGAAGGAUGCAGAUAUCAUUGUUAUCCCUGCCGGAAUUCCUCGUAAGCCAGGAAUGACCCGUGAUGAUCUCUUCAAGAUCAACGCUGGUAUCGUCAAGGGCCUCAUCGAGGUCAUCGCCGAGGUUGCACCAAAAGCCUACAUCCUCAUCAUCUCAAACCCUGUGAACUCAACCGUUCCAAUUGCAGCUGAGGUCCUGAAGGCAAAGGGAGUCUUCGACGCCAAGCGUCUGUUCGGUGUUACAACUCUCGAUGUCGUUCGCGCCGAGACUUUCGUUGCUGAGAUUGUUGGCGAGAAGACCCCAUCAAGCUUGACUAUUCCAGUUGUUGGUGGUCACUCAGGAGAGACCAUCGUGCCUCUCUUCAGCCAGGCUGGUGUUAGCAUUCCAUCUGAUAAGUUGGACGCUCUGGUCAACCGUGUCCAAUUUGGUGGUGAUGAGGUUGUCAAAGCUAAGGAUGGUGCUGGAUCUGCUACCCUUUCCAUGGCCUAUGCCGGUUUCCGAUUCGCCGAAGCUGUCCUCAAGGGACUUGCUGGUGAGAAGAACAUUAUCGAGCCAUCUUUCGUUUAUCUCCCAGGUGUCCCAGGUGGCGAGGCCAUUGCCAAGGAGACUGGCUGUGAUUUCUUCUCGGUUCCAAUCCACCUUGGUGUAAGUCUUGUUCAAGCCUCGAAUCCACUCCAACUAACACUUUGUGUAGACCUCUGGUGUUGAGAAGGCAAUCAACCCUCUCAGCAACAUCAACGAUGCCGAAAAGGCACUUCUCAAGCCAUGUGUAGAAGGGCUCAAAGCCAACAUUGCAAAGGGUGUUGAUUUCGCCCACAGCACACCACAAAAG